UCCUAACCUUCAACUCGCAGUAAACCUAAUGAAUAGGUUGAGAAUUGUGCGAUUUCAUUUGAAAGAAGAAGUUUGAACGGGUAGCACGCGUUGAAGAAUAUCAGGCAUAAUAUACGUAACUAGUUUAUAAUUUAGUUAACUUAAUUUAACUGAUUAGAAUGGCGUCGGGCCGUAAAUGUAAAAAUUGUGGAUCUUCAGAUAUUGAGGUAGAUCCAGCGCGAGGUGAUGCAGUGUGUACAAAUUGCGGUUCUGUAUUAGAAGAUAACAUCAUCGUUGCUGAAGUACAAUUCGAAGAGAACGCACAUGGCAACAGUAGUGCAAUAGGACAGUUUGUAUCUGCUGACAGCAAAGGUGGUGCAACAAAAUUUGGUGCUUCAUUCCAUGUGGGUUUUGGUACUGAGUCUAGAGAAGUAACACUAAGAAAAGCCAAAGCAGGAAUUACAAAUCUUUGCAGUCAGUUAAGAUUAAACCAGCAUUGCAUUGACACAGCAUGCAAUUUCUUCAAAAUGGCUUUAUCACAAAAUCUCACAAGAGGCAGGAAAAAUACACAUGUGUUUGCUGCUUGUGUGUAUUUAACAUGUAGGACAGAGGGAACAGCCCAUAUGUUAAUUGACAUUAGUGAUGUGCUACAAAUUUGCUGUUAUGAGCUGGGAAGGACCUACUUGAAGUUAUCACAAGCAUUAUGCCUCAACAUUCCGUCGUUAGAUCCUUGUCUGUACAUUCUGCGCUUCGCCGCCAAAUUAGAAUUCGGCACUAAAACCCAAGAAGUAGCCAACACGGCGCUGCGACUCGUCCAGCGAAUGAAACGCGAUUCGCUGCACUCAGGACGACGGCCAUCGGGUCUCUGCGGUGCAGCGCUGCUGAUGGCAUCCCGACUGCACGAGUUUAGCCGCUCGAGCAGCGACAUUGUCAAAAUUGUUAAAGUGCACGAAUCUACGCUGAGGAAAAGGCUCAUCGAGUUUGGCGACACGCCGAGCAGCGCGCUGACACUUGAGGAAUUCAUGACUGUUGAUUUGGAGGAGGAGCAGGAUCCGCCGUCGUUCAAGGCGGCGCGGAAGAAGGAUAAGGAGAGAUUACAAAGACUUAUGGAAGAGGAAGCCGACAGCAUAACUGAGCUGCAGAAAGACAUUGAAAAGCAACUGGAGAAGGACGGCAAGAUUAAGGGUAGAUCACGCAAAAAAUGCAAAGAUGAUAGUGAACGCGACAAGGAGGCAGAGGACACGGACCAUUUUAUAAACGACGCUACUAUCGGUGCCAUCCAAGAAUGUAUCCAUAAUGAGGGUGCGACCGGCGUCGAGGACAAACCUGCCGGCAAUCGAGAGCUAGGGCCGGACGUCGCCAGCAUGGGGCUAGUUAAUUCGCUCGAGGACGUCGUCAACACGGCGAACGCGCUGCCCGAAGAGGUGGACCUGUCGUUCGAUGACAUUGACGACGCAGAAUUGGAUUCGUACAUUAUGAAUGAGGACGAAAUCAAAUACAAGGAUGGGCUAUGGCAUAAAGUCAACGCCGCUUAUUUGGCGGAGAUGAAAAUCAAACAAGAACGAUUGGCGAAGGAGAAGGAGGAGGGUAAGCCGGAGAAAAAGAAACGGCGGGUCACAAGAAAGAAGCAAAUAAACGCGACGUCCUCGUCGGCGGGUGAAGCCAUCGAGAAAAUGCUGCAAGAAAAGAAGAUUUCAACAAAAAUCAACUACGACGUUUUGAAAACCCUGAAAGUUAAUCAAUCUGCAAGUGAUAACAUCAGCGAACCGCCCUCACCUGUUGGCAGUUAUUCGCUAAAAAGACGACGGAGUUCCUCCGUUUCGAGUCAGCCAGAUAUGUCACUCUUGCCUCCAUCCUCGCCAUCGAAGCGCACCGCUAAAGUUAACGUUACGCCGAAAAUUAAACGUAGUACUAAAACGGUUGGUAUGCCUCUCGCCGAGCCAGAUGAGCCAGCGCCCAGGGAGGAGGAAACUCCAGCGAAAAAGGACGAAUCGAUGGUGUCAGAAGACGAUUACGACUACGAUGAGGAUGCCGAGGAGCCCGCGGCGGAAGAACUCGGCGUGAUGCAACUACUACAACAGCAUCGUGAAGACGAGGACGAGGACUAUUACGGCGGGGGCGGGGGGUACGACGAGGAUGAAUAUUAAAUAUUCUUCAUGGUCAAUAUUUAUUACUGCGACAUAUUUUUUUUGUACACCUCUGGUUAUAAUUAAGUAUUUAUUUAUAUAUUAUGCAUGAAUAAUUGAACGAAUCGUUGGUUAUUGUUUGUGCGAAGGAUAAGUGGAUCAUCACCGCCGGAGUAAUUCCCAGAUGGGAACAAUGUGCAUGUUUAUCAUGCAAUGGAUUUACAUUUGUGAAAUGUUAUACAGGAGGUGUUGGAGGCGAAUCAAUAAUGCCGAUGCGAGUGCAUGGUUGUAAUGUUGCGUAUGCAUUGUAUAAUUGGUUGGAACGAAAA